GACAGUUCGAGUUGCUAUUUUGCUGACGAAGGGUGCAUCAGAAUUUUUGUGAUCGCGUUCGUUCGUUCGCUCGCAGUCAAAACUUACGACGGAACAAAACGCUAUCAUCGCGGCACAAGAAAAGAAUAAAACGCCACGACGGGAACAAAAGAUAAGUGCACUCUCGCUGUAGUGGAGUAUAGGUAGUGUGUAGUUAGCUGCGUGCUGUGAAUUUCGCUCCGGAUUUGCUGUUAAUUGGGUGACAAGUAUCUUGGUCACAGUUGCUUCUCCAGCGCAAGGCGUAUCCCUACUCGUCGCGGGAUAAGCAGUAAUUCUAUCAGGGAACAGUUUUUCCACGCCAUCACAGUUCCGUGCCGAAGAAUUCGCUGGUUCGAACCUUUGGGAGAUUAGAAAGCGGAGGGUGUCGUCAUGGAGAACAACGGAACCAGCGAAGAACAGCAGCAAGAAACGGGCCAGCAGCCGCCUCCGCUGUUCGAUAAUGUGGACAUCACAUCGCCGGACGACGAGAACGAGAACGACAUCUUCGAGUCGGCUAUUCAGGAACCGCUCUCACCCGUGCUGGAGGACGUUCCAACCGACGAGGCUGGCGAUGCAUUCAUUGAAAUCUCAGUUUCUGAUCCGCAAAAAGUUGGCGAUGGUAUGGGAUCCUACCUUGCCUACAAAGUUUCAACCAAAACCAACAUACUGAAGUUCAAGAAGCGCCAAUUCUUCACGAUGCGUCGCUUCAGUGAUUUUCUGGGUUUGCAUGAUUUACUAGUUAGCAAAUAUCUGCGGCUGGGUCGUAUCAUUCCACCGGCUCCGGAAAAGAAUAUCAUCGGCACCACGAAGGUGAAAAUGGGGAGCCAGCCGCAUAGUGAUCCGGGCACCGGAAUCAAUCUGGAAUGGGUUGAAAACCGCCGUGCUUCUUUGGAGCGGUUCUUGAAUCGAGUGGCGCAGCAUCCGUUCCUGUGUCAGGAUACCGACUUCGUAAACUUCCUGGAAAGUGACCAGGAGCUGCCCCGUGCGGUCAAUACAGCAGCGUUGAGUGGAGCCGGCGUUAUGCGCCUGUUCAACAAGGUUGGUGAAACGGUCAAUAAGAUUACCUACAAAAUGGAUGAAACCGAUCCGUGGUUCAACGAUAAAAUCAACGAAGUAGAAAAUAUUGAUGCACACAUGCAAAAGCUGCACUCGGCAAUCAAAGCGCUGGUCACCCAUCGGCGGGAGCUGGCGACCCUGACGGGAGGUGUAGCCAAAUCGGCCGCCCUGUUGAGUACCUGCGAGGAACAUACGGGACUUUCACAAGCCUUGUCUCAGCUGGCUGACGUUGAGGAGAAAGUGGAACUGCUCCGGUCGGAACAAGCCAAUGGCGAUUUGUACAUUCUGUGCGAAACCAUCAAGGACUACAUUGGACUGUUCGGGGCCAUCAAGGACGUCUUUCACGAGCGGGUGAAAGUGUUCCAGAACUGGCAGCACGCGCAGAUGCAGCUGACGAAGAAACGCGAGAACAAGGCCAAGCUGGAACUGCAGGAACGGAGGGACAAGUUGGACUUUGCGCAGAAGGAAGUGGAAGAGUGGGAAGGAAAAGUCCAACGCUGCCAGAAGGAGUUUGACAACAUUUCCAGUGAGAUUAAAAAGGAGAUGGAACGUUUCGAAUUGGCGCGUGCACGUGAUUUCAAAUCCACCAUCAUCAAGUAUCUGGAAGACCAAGCGGCGCAUCAGCAGCAGCAAAUGAAAUACUGGGAAGCGAUUGUGCCGGUGGCCAAGGAGAUUGCCUGAGACGAACUGAACGCAACGAAUUCAAUCUGCACGGACGACGAAAACAAUAGUAGAAAGCUGACAAAUACGCUGCGUCUCUCGAUCAACCUGGCCGACGCCAACGCAAGAAUUUCGUAGAUUUCUCCAUUGUUCUUCUUGUACUGUUCUUGUCGCGCUGAUGGCGAGUGGUAAGCGCGGAUAGGGCAAAAGUAAUCUAUAACUUUAGGAACGAUACUACCUAGCCUUGUAAGAGCACACAGUCAGUGAGAAUGCGACGAAACAUUCAUCCUUCUUUCCCAAACGUUAGGAACCAUUCAUCAUGCAUAUUCUAGAAAGCGCGGUAUAGCAACGUAGUAAACCUUCAAGUUAAUUUCGGAUAGCGGAGCUCGUUCUAAGUCAAAAAUGACCAAUGUUGAAAUGUUUGUUUUUUUUUUCUCUUUAUUGAUAGCAAAAGUUUUCUUUGUUUUUGUACAUAAAUAUACUUGAUUCUCUACUAGAGCUGAGCCCGUGUGUAGUUGCAGAUCAAAUGCAGGACAUAUCAAGCAAACUGCUGAUAUAACCGUUUUGGAGUCUAUAAUGUACAUAGAAUACGCCGAAAGUACGUAUUCCGGAUUGAAGAAGCUUAAGAACGGUGUCUAGUUCGGUCAAUCAAAUAUGCGAUGAUUUUUUUAUUCGCGCAUUCCUUCUCGAAUCAUAAUUAUCUUAUUCAACUAAUAUGUACUAUAUUGUUGUACGACCCAAAUUCGUGUAGAAACACUCAGACGCGAGCUCUUUAGAUAGGCUAUUUAUUGGUUUUCGAUCUAUCUGGAGAACGACGCUGUAUUCAUUAAAACUGUAUGCAUCCAUCAUUAUUGCGAAAACACUGAAAAGAACUUUUAAGCAUAACCGAUUUUUAUAUCUCUUCUUGAAGCAUUGCAAAUAAACAAGUUCAGGCCGUAUUCAGCGAGAAUGAACCGAGCGUAGUUCAUGUGUAGAAUAAUUGACAUAGAACAAGGUGAUAUAUCUGUAAACAUUAAUAACACAAUUGAAUGCUAUUUCUGUUCAUUUCUAAAUUCAGUUUUCCUAAGUAAUAGAUAUGGGAAAACAGGCUACAGAGAGGAAGGGGUGGAAUUGCAGAUUCUCUUCAACAUUCAUUCUAAUUCAUGGCGAUAAUUCACCAUUGCAUAUUUCUGAUGGAAUUCGUGCAAAAUUUGUACUUUUGAGUACCUAGUAGGCCGCACUACUUGAGAAACGCAAACAAAAUUUCUGAAUGAUUUCUAUGGAGCAGCCGAUAGCUCAACUUUAGGAGAAAUCUGCGCCGAUUUGAAAUAUGUUUGAUCUUUUAACAAUAUUGUGGAAAACUUACUGGACAAAACCUUGUGGCUUCAGUGAAAUUCCUGGAAAGCUGGAGUUUCCUGCAAUAGGAGACAAUCAGUGAAGUACUAGAUUUGUAGUAAUGAGCUAAAUAUUUGUGUGAUGAGAAGGUCAUUUCUCCGUUUCUGCCAAGAAAUGAUGCAAAAAGUGUGGGUAAUAUGAUGUUGUUUGAGCAAAACUUUGAGUAACUGUAUUGUUGUUUUCUCAAUUUCUUGCAACUUACAUAGACAACAUAGAUAUCCAAAGUUUUGUUCAAACAUUAUCAAAUUAGACAAGAAGUCAAAAUACCCACGCUUUUUGCAUUAUUUCUUUGCAGAUACGGAGAACUUACCUUGUCACCAUACAAAAAUUACUACACUUAUUGCGUCCUAUUAAGAGAAAAAUUAAUGAUAGAACUUAUAAAAAACUACCUAUAAAAAUGUAUUAUGUUCAGUUGUGUUAUGCACAUUUUGCAACUCAAAUGAGUCAUUUAAAUUGUAAGGUCUUCAAGCAAAUCUUAUUCGAAAACAAACGAAUACGACACCCGAUUCAUACACAAAACAACAAAAAAUAAGAAACAAACCACAAUAUGCUGUAUUCCUUUGUUAAAAAAAAAGCAUAAAUAAUAUGUAAUAGUCGGUGCAGUACGUUCAUUGGUAAUGUUUCUCAAACAUUUAACAAAACUCAGAGUUGACGCAAACUCUGUGGUAUUAUGAGGGCUUUUUUUAACACAGGACACCAAUCCGAAAACGGAAUUUAGAGCUGAACAGAAAAGAAGUUGACAUUUUUUUAAUGCCGAUUCACACUUUUUUAUGCUUGCAUUUAUGAUCUCGAUCCGCAUUAGGCCCAUACUUAUUUUUCCCGUCAACACCCGUAAUGUAGAAAACAUGCAAUUCAUUGCGUCCAAGCUGAACAAUCAUCCUUAGCGAGAACUGAACUACAAAUGCGUGACUAAAAUUUAUCAAAACAUUCCGUAGAUCUUCGGUUACUGUGUAUUCUGCGAACUUUACAUUUGUAGUUUUCAAAUAAGAUAUGACAGUUUUUUACAGAUGAAAAUUUAUAUCUUUUUUGUGUAAAUUUUUCUGCGUUGCAUCCCAUACCCCAGUGCUUACGACUGUUGAUUGACUUUAACAACUAUUACAUUGUUUCUGUAACUGCUAUGUAAACUAGCGUGAUAAAGUAAUUGAUUGUCUAUAUAUUUCAUACGCCGGAAACAAAUGUAUAACAAAGAAUAAAUUAUUGUUAACUAUUUCUCUUUGAAAAAGUAUAUCUGAGAGCUAUUGAUGAAAUAAACACUAAGUGAUUGAAAUCCCCCCAAA